AUGAACUCCGAUUGCAGUACAAACGUGCUGUAUAAACUGGCCGAUAAAACGCAGUUACUUCCUUUACAAAAUAAAUUAAACAGAGCUAAUGAUACACUCCGUCAAACUAAACAUUCACAAUAUAAUAAUCAGUUCCCUCAAGAGACUCAAUUUCCUGGAUCGUCCUCUUCCGCGGUUUCAAAUGGUAAUACUAUAGUGGGUAGUUCGUUACAAGAUAUACCAACUGAUAAUACUUUAGGUUGGAGGGAUGAAUUUCUUCAAAAUCAAACUAUACCUUUACAAAAAACGAUUCCUAAAUUCGAUCGAUUGUUAACAAAUCUGGAGGUGGAUUCUUCUUUGAGGUUCGGAGAUAAUAACCUUGGUCCCGCGCAGACGGCAUCGAUUUUACAUUCAGCCGCACCUAAUAAUUAUACCACAACUAAUAAUUUAAAAUAUCAGACUUAUGAUUAUUAUAAUAUAGAUCAUGAAAUUCAACAAAAAAUACAAAUGGAACCUAGAAACAUGAUGUGUCCUCCAGAUGCAUUACAAGACGAGUUUGAAGAACUGGAGAAAGAGUUGGAGGAUUUGGAUUUAGAUGCAGUAAUGACAACCACUUCUACAACAUUGUCAGACUCCCAAGAAAAUUGUCUAAUUGAUGAAAGACAAUUAUUUAGAGAUACUGCAACUGAAUUAUAUACACUCACCGUAGAUAAUCCCAAAUACAUUUCAAACGGAACACAAUCGAAAAUGGUUAACUCAAAAUUUAUGAAUAUGAUGAAAAUGAUAAGUAAUGGUUCUGUGAAUUUGAAUAAUACUCAAACAGAGUUAUGUUCAACAACUAGUAAAGAACCAAUGGGUAAUAAAUAUAUAAAUAUUCCUGAAAAUAUAUACAAUUAA